ACUCAAUCAGCUGGUGAAGACUGGUUUGGAGCAUUUAUUAAAAGAAAUCCAACUAUUUCUUUGAAAACACAGAGGCUACAAGUAUAGCCAGGGCUACCAAUUUCAAUAUGAAAAUGGUUGAUUUAUUUUUUAAUAAUUAUUUGACUGUCACAAGGGAAAAUAACUUUCUACCAUGUGAUAUAUAUAAUCUGGAUGAAACUGGAUUAACAACAGUUCAACUGUCUAAUUAUGUUAUUGCAAGGAAAGGCGAUAAACAGGUUGGGGCAAUUACUACAUCAGAACGUGGUACACUUAUGACCUUGGCAAUUGCUGUCAAUGCUCUAGGAAAUUCUAUUCCACCUAUGUUUAUAUAUCCUAGGAAAAAAUUUUAUGAUCAUUAUUUAAGAGAUGGUUCUGUAGGAUGCAUUGGCGUGUCCAAUGGUUCUGGAUGGAUGCUGGCUGAAGAUUUUAUAUAUUUUUUAAAUCAUUUUAUAAAAUACACUAAGCCCAGUCAAGAUAAAAAAGUUUUGCUUAUAUUAGAUAAUCAUAAAUCUCACCAAUCUAUUGAAGUCAUUGAGCUGUGCUCUGACAGUGGUAUAGUUCUAUUGACUCCCCCUCCCCAUUGCACUCACAAACUCCAACCAUUGGAUAGAACUGUUUUUGGACCUCUAAAAAAAUAUUACAACAGUGCCUUGGAUGCUUGGAUGAGAAUGCAUCCAGGGAAAAGUUUUACUAUAUAUGAUAUCCCUGGAGUAGUAAAGGAUGUCCUUCCAAAAGCCACCUCAGCUUCAAAUAUCCAAAAGGGUUUCGAAUCCUCAGGUAUAUGGCCCCUAAAUCCUUUAAUUUUUAAUGACGAAAAUUCUAAUCCUUUAUAUUAUAAUAAUAACAAUCCUAAUGAGAAUUUAAAUUUAUCUGAAAUUAUUUCGCAACCAUCUGUCAGUGAUAGUCCUGUUCCAUCAUCUUCUCACGUGGAAAAAGAUUUUGCUCCAGAAAUUAUUAGUCCCCAUCCAACAAUAUUUAAAAAAACAACACGUAAUCAAAUGACUUCAGCCAUUUUAACCUCUUCACCUUACAAAAAAAUAGCCAGAUCUAGGGCUAUAAUCUGGAAAAAAAAAAUCAAACCAAUAAUAAAAAAAAUGCGAGACCCUUCAGGUUAUGCCUAUUCAAAAACGUAUUCGAAUCGAAUAGUGCAUUAUUCGUAUUCUAUUCGUUUUUCGUACGAAUAA